CACACUUACUUGUCGUUUGUUCCGUUGUAUUUCGGCUCAGUCGUGCCAUCGUUGUCAUCAAGAACAGUUCGGUGUUUGAAUUAGUCACACGCAUAAUACAGAAAAAAAAAGAAUUAACCAAUUCACAAGGAAUACAUAAAUUAAAUCUUCAACAAAAUGAGCUGGCAGGAUUAUAUUGAUAACCAACUUCUCGCUUCCGCCUGCGUCACCAAGGCUGCAAUUGCCGGAUUCGACGGAUUAGUUUGGGCCAAGAGUCCUGGAUUUGAGGUUGCACAAGAAGAAGUUCAAAAAUUGGUGGCCGGCUUUGAGAAAACGGAUCUUUUAACUAGCAACGGUGUUACAUUAGCUGGCCAACGUUACAUUUACUUAUCUGGUACAGACCGUGUGAUUCGAGCCAAAUUUGGUAAAAUUGGUGUUCAUUGUAUGAAAACGAACCAGGCUGUCAUAAUCUCAGUCUACGAAGAGCCAGUCCAACCACAACAAGCUGCCUCCAUAGUUGAAAAACUCGGAGACUAUUUGAUUACAUGUGGUUACUAGAGGUGUUUUUUAUAUGCGAUGUAAUUUGUAAACAUUUAUUAUCUACUUUGAUAAUAUAUUAAUGAUAACAAACAAAACAAAAUUACAGUAUAAGAAAAAAAAAUAAUAAGUCUUUUUUAUCAAUCAAAUAAAAAAAAAAUAUAAAAAAUACAAAAAAAAAGAUGAAAAAAAUCAACAACAGAACAACCUCCGCAACUCAGAGUCGUCAGUGCCGUCUGGGUGCCGACAGAAAUUUUACACCAAUAGAUACACAUCUCAAGAAGUCGUCUCAUGAAAUGUAGGAUAACGAAAAAAAAAAAAAAAAAAAACCAUCAAAA